GGUGAAACUGCUGGUGAGUCGGGAUGAGUCUGGGAAAGCCUGCCUGAGACGAUUAACUGACAUAUCCGAAGUGAAACUCCCUCCCGUGCAAGCUUAAAGUGUGAUUGGUGAUUUGCUGAAUUGCAUUAUUUCGAAGGACUACAAUGCAGUUCCUCGGCCGACUUGUGGGUACCAUCACCUCAGUCCUGUCCAAUCCGUACCGGGUAAGGGAGGUGCCACAGUCAGAUUAUGGAGGCAGGGAUCGGGUGCUGCUGAAGGAGGAGGGCAUGAUGGUGCUCUACAGGAAUACCCCCUGUCAGUCGUGGGACUGUGUGAUCCUCUGCUCCGAAACGCCCGGCAUGGCCCUGAGGCUGUUCCAGGUUGGCACCGAAGAAGACGCCUUUAACUGGUUCCCUCAAUACGCCAUGAAGAUCCGCCCCUUCUAUGAAACGCCUGGUUUUCUCAAGCCUGAAGCUAUGCAGCCAAUCGCAGACUGCAUCCGGAAUCACCCAGACUGGAGUUCGGCGCACAUCGCCGUGGAGAUCGGCCUGAGACAGUGCCUGAAGCACAACUGCGUCCUUAGCCAGAUUAACAGCAGGAAUGCAUGCGGCCAGACGCCGCUGCACCUGGCCUGCGAGCGCGGAGACGUGGCCUGCGUGCGCGAGCUGCUGGAGGAGUGCCAGGCCAGCACCAGCAUCCGGGACCUGCAGGGGGAGACACCCAUGCACUGCGCUGCCAAGCAGGAGUCCCCAUUGGUCAUUCAGGUGCUGUGCUCCAGCCACUGCCCGGGCGUGAACGAGCUGAACGCCUCUGGCGAGGCGCCCCUGCACGUGGCAUGCCGGCUGGGCCGGGUGGAGUCGCUGAAGGCCCUGCUGAAGGGCGGGGCCUGCUGUGAUGUCAUGGGGGGGCGGGGUUACCCCAUUCACAUGGCCAUGAAGUACAACGAGAGGAGCUGUGUAGAGGCCAUCCUGGCUGCAGAUCCAUCCCAGCUGGAGGUUGAAGAUGCCCUCUACGGAGGGACCCCCCUGCACUGGGCCAAGACGGGCGAGAUGAGCCGUCUGCUCCUGGAGAGAAGCUGCUCAGUGAACUAUCUGAGCAAGACGGGAGAGAGUCCACUUCACAUACUGACCAAAAGGGGGCGCUUUGAGGCCGCGAUGGUGCUGCUCACACAUGGGGCUAACCCUAACCUCCGUGGCGAGAAUGGCAACACCGCGCUGCACCUCGCCAUGAAGAUGGACCAUAUAGACCUGAUAAAGGCCCUCAUUGUCUUCGGAGCCGAUGUUGAGAUCCACAAUGACCUGGGGGAGACUCCUGGGCUCAUAGCGGCCCGCACCAGCAAAGGUUCCAACAGAAAAAUUCUCCGUGACAUGCUGUGUAGUGUAGGGGUGCAGCGGUGUCACCCCCCCUCAUUAAAUAUCUCUCCCCCCAACACUCCCCCGAAGAGGCCUCCGCCUCCAGCCAUAGGGUUUGAGGAUCUUGUCCACAUCGCUGCCGCUGUAGGGGCCAUAACUCGGGGAUACGCUGAAGUGGACGGUGUGAAAACAUCGACCGCAAAAACCGACCGGUUGCUGAGUCUGGAUGGUGGUGGCAUCAAGGGUCUGGUUCUGAUCCAGAUGCUGAUCGCCCUGGAGCGCGCGGCGGGGCGCCCGGUGCGGGAGCUGUUUGACUGGAUCUCCGGAACCAGCACGGGCGGCAUCCUGGCCCUGGCUAUAGUACACGGGAAAUCCAUGGAGUACCUGCGCUGCCUCUAUUUCCGGAUGAAGGAGAAGGUGUUCCGAGGCUCCCGUCCCUACGAGUCCGCCCCCUUGGAGGAGUUCCUCAAGCAGGAGUUCGGCGAGAACACCAAGAUGACGGACAUCCGGCACCCCAGGGUGAUUGUGACCAGCGUCCUCGCAGACAGGCACCCUGGAGAAUUGCACCUCUUCCGAAACUAUGACCCUCCUGAUCUCAUCAGGGAGCCCCCCUAUGCCUCGAAGGCUACAUUCCAGCCCCUUACCAUCCCGCAGGGAUGGGAGGAUGAGGAUGUGUUGAUAGUGGGUUAUUCCAAGAGCCCCCCUUCAAAAAAGCGUAGGACCAUCCGAGAUAAAGACCAGUGCGUAUGGCGCGCUGCCCGAUCCAGUGGCGCCGCCCCCACCUACUUCCGGCCUAGCGGCCGCUUUCUGGACGGGGGGCUGCUAGCCAACAACCCCACGCUGGAUGCCAUGACGGAGAUACACCAGCACAACAAAGCUCUCCGAGCGCAGGGUAGGGGAGAGGAAGUUCAGCGGCUGGGUGUGGUGGUUUCACUAGGCACGGGGAAGCCCCCCCAGGUGGUGGUGAACUCUGUGGAUGUGUUCCGGCCCUCCAACCCCCUGGAACUGGCCAAGUCCUUUGUGGGAGCCAAGGAGCUGGGGAAGAUGCUGGUGGACUGUUGCACCGACUCCGACGGCUGUGCGGUGGACCGAGCCAAGGCUUGGUGUGAGAUGACGGAUAUCGAUUAUCACAGGCUGAGCCCCCAGCUGUCGGUGGAGGUGAUGCUGGACGAGGUGAGCGACGCCGUGCUGGUGGACAUGCUGUGGGAGACGCAGAUGUACCUGUACGAGCACCGGGAGGACAUCCAGGCACUGGCCCAGCGACUGCUGCAUGUCUGACAGGCAGCGGAACGCGACACGGAAGCAGGCGACAAACUGACAUGAAGUAGGGAGGAGAAACCAUGAUAGGAACCGGCCAGUCAAACGCAAAUAGGUUAUUACAAAAAUAUUAUUGUUUGUUUACAAAAGUGCUGAAGACGAGCAAGCCAGAACUGAUCAACCAUGAAGACCAUACCUAUACCUUAUAAUGGAAGGCAUUUUUUGUGUAAUGAUUUUAUUGUUGCUUUUCAAAAUGGUAAUUUGUACUAAUGGCCUGUACCUCGACUUAUUGAUAAUAACCAACUUUGCUUUUUGUAGGUUUAAACUGGGAACUUUUUAUGAAGUGACCCAAAUUUGCACUGUAGUGCUACUGCACGAUUAUAACUGAACAAACUUUAAAAAUCCAUUAAACUAUGUACAUCAGGGCAUGUUGAUUGUAACACUGAACUGUCAUUUUAUCUUGUAUGAACUUUUCCCCUUUAAAUCUUUAUAUGAUUAUUAAAUCAUUGCUUGGUGUUGUACAUUACAUAUAUAAUGCGGUGUUAUUACUAAGAUACUGUAAUAAAUGGAAAAUAAAUCAGUAUUUAUGUGAA